AUGGCGAAAAUCAACAGCUGCCUCAAGUGCCUUUUUGUCUUUUUCAAUGUCGUCUUUGCUAUUAUCGGAUGUCUGCUGAUCUUCGGGGCGGUGAAGGCCAGCGUCUACAGUUCACAGCUGUCGGCGCUGGGCGCCCCGGGCCUAGGCUGGAUGUGGGUGUUCGCCAUCGGCGUUUUGGGAAUUUCCUGCCUGGGGAUCUACGCGGGAAUAUCCGAGAAGGAGCUGGCCCUAAAGAUCUUUGCCGGCUUCAUGGCGGUGGGGAUGAUCAUCAUGCUCAUCUUCGGCAUCGUGGUGGUCGUCAUGAGGAACAAGAUCCGGCAGACCUUCCUCAGCGCGUCGGCCGAGGCGGCCGAGCCCUUCAUGGCGGACGAAGGAUUUCGCGCCUUCCUUCAGCAGCUGCAGGAGAGCGGUCAAUGUUGCGGCUUGGUGAGCGCCAGAGACUGGGGCGACGACAUCCCGGCCUCCUGCCGUUGCCGACCCGGAUUGGACGGCUUCGGCGGUUUCGGAAUUUUCGGACAUUCCGGAUGCAAAGCCAGGCCUCAGGGAACCACCGGCCCGGAUCAGAUCUACCAACAAACCUGCGGCGAGCUCCUCGUCACCUACGCCGACUUUUUCUUCAACAUCGCCAUCGGCUUCCUCUUCGGCUUCGCCAUCACAGCGCUCCUGGGCCUGCUGGUGUCCCUCCUGAUGACCCACCAGGUGCGACGCCACGACCGGGCCGGAGCCUCCAACAUGGCCAUGAGGGGUUACUAA